CUAGUCCGCAGCUCUUUUGUCUAAUCGACACAAGGCACUUGAUCUGGUGAGAAUUAACCGUUCGCAUCCAAAUGGCCUCAGGGUUCAUCCUCCUUGCCCUUUUGGCUUUGUCAGCUUCUAGUGCUCUUGCCUCCGACCCAGGCCAGCUCCAGGAUUUCUGCGUCGCUGACAGGACAUCCCAAGUUUUUGUCAAUGGAUUUGCAUGCAAAGACCCAAAGACUGCCUUGGUAGAAGAUUUCUUUUUCUCUGGCCUUCACAUGGCCGGGAACACGAGCAACAAGCAAGGUUCCGCGGUUACCGCAGUUAAUGUGGCGCAAAUUGCUGGGCUGAACACUUUGGGCAUCUCCCUGGCUCGUGUCGAUUAUGCACCCUACGGUCAAAACCCACCGCAUAUCCACCCCCGUGCAACCGAGAUUCUGACCGUGCUGGAAGGCUCGCUCUAUGUUGGUUUCAUCACCUCAAACCCUGAAAACAAGUUGUUCUCAAAAGUUCUUAACAAAGGGGAUGUGUUUGUGUUUCCACAAGGGAUGAUUCACUUUCAGUUCAACUACGGAACCAACAAGGCGAUAGCCAUUGCAGCGCUGAGCAGCAAAAAUCCUGGAGUGAUCACCAUAGCCAAUACAGUGUUUGGAUCGAAUCCAUCCAUCUCAGGUGAUAUACUUGCCAAAGCCUUCCAGGUGGACAAGAAGAUGGUAGACCAUAUUCAAGCUCAGUUCUAGGAAUACGCCACAUGAUUUGUUUAUUUGAUUCAUUAAUUUUUUUAUUUGAUUGAAGAUUGUAAUCAUUGAAAAAAAUAGCGCGCUAUAGCGUCGCUAAUAGCACGUUAUAGCGUAUUGAGAAUUGCCUCGUUAAAUAUAUCGGUGUAUAAUGUCUCGCUAAUAGCACGCUAUAGCGCGAUAUAGCACGCUAAUAGCAUAUUUUGAGGUCGGCACUAUUUUGCUGUAGCGCGCUAUUUUUUUCGUUGAUUGUAAUACAUGUUUCUUUACAAUGUAAUACCAUUAUAUGGCUAUGCUAA